CCUCCUCUCUUCCGCUUCCGGUGUCCCCUACAGCCAUGGCCGCUGCCGUCGCUGCUGCCGGCGCUGGGGAGCCCCUGUCCCCGGAUGAAUUACUCCCGAAAGGCGACGCGGAGAAGACUGAGGAGGAGCUGGAAGAGGACGACGACGACGAGCUAGAUGAGACCCUGUCGGAGAGACUGUGGGGCCUGACGGAGAUGUUUCCCGAGAGGGUCCGGUCUGCGGCCGGAGCCACUUUUGAUCUCUCCGUCUUUGUGGCUCAAAAAAUGUACAGGUUUUCCAGGGCAGCCUUGUGGAUUGGGACCACUUCCUUUAUGAUUCUGGUUCUUCCUGUUGUCUUUGAGACUGAGAAGUUGCAGAUGGAGCAACAGCAGCAACUGCAGCAGCGGCAGAUACUUCUGGGGCCUAACACUGGGCUGUCAGGAGGAAUGCCAGGGGCUCUACCUUCACUUCCUGGAAAGAUCUAAAUUGUUACUGCUAUAUUUGAGCUUUCUUGGUGGGAGAAUUUUGAAAUUCAGUAGUGUUUGAACUGCUGAUUUGAUUUUUUUUUUAACCAUUGGCACAUUGAUCUAUCUAAACCUGGUGGGGAGAAUUCUCCUCACAUUGUCUCCUGUAGAGACUCUCAACUUGCAACUGUGCCCUCCACGCUAUCCUGACUGUCUUUACUCUGAUACCAGAGUGCAGCCAUGCCGACGGUUAUUCCAGCACUGGCCACCUCACCCCUUUUGCUAAAUUGCUCCUGACUGGAAGAUCUCCUCACUAUCCCAUUGUGAGGCAGAAACAGAUGCCAGUGGGAGAGAUGUGCCCCUGACCAUUAAUGACUGUUUUUUUUUUUUUUUUUUUAAGAAUUGAGCUGUUGGGGAGGGACACGCACACACCAUGAAACAAACAAAAUGCAUUACUACUAGUGUAAAGUGGCCACUAUGAAUCCCUGUGUAUGUUGAAAAUGAAGGAGGCCGGCUGUAGCUUCAGCCACAGGAUGGUACUGUGGAGGACAGAGUGGGAGCUCAUUUCCUCUGCACAUUUUGGCUCUUAGACCCUGUGUGUGUACGCAAAAAGAAAAAAAAAAAGCCAGUGUUCACUUUUUGUAUUUAAAUAUUAAAAAUGAUUCCAACUGAAA